GCUCCACAGUAGAUUGGUCGCAGGGCGGCGUGGUUUCACCGAGGACGGUGUGGUCGAGUGGAGCGGCAGGACAGACAGACGCUUUCACCGUGUCUCCAAACAAAUCCACGCACACGACAAGGGAGAAGGAAAAACACGAACAGAAUCUUCUGGAAGGUCUUCUUAUUUGAGGUCAAAGUUCACUGAUCAUCAUGGCAGACGAAGCUGACAUGCGCAACGAGCUGGCCGACCUGCAGACACGGGCAGACCAGAUAGCUGAUGAGUCUCUGGAGAGCACUCGUCGUAUGCUGGCUCUGGUUGAGGAGAGUAAGGAUGCUGGCAUCAGGACCCUUGUCAUGUUGGACGAGCAGGGAGAACAACUUGAUCGCGUGGAGGAGGGCAUGAACAAGGUGAACGCAGACCUGAAGGAGGCCGAGAAAGAUUUAAAAGAUUUAGGACAAUGCUGUGGUCUGAUAUGCCCAUGUAUUAAAAAGAUCAAGGGUGGAGGCCAGGCCUGGGGCGGAAACCAGGACGGAGUGGUGAACAGUCAGCCCGGUGCCCGAGUGGUGGACGAGCGUGAACAGAUGGCCAUCAGUGGGGGCUUCAUCCGCAGGGUGACGGAUGAUGCACGAGAGAAUGAGAUGGAUGAGAACCUGGAGCAGGUGGGCGGCAUCAUCGGAAAUUUGCGCCACAUGGCCUUGGACAUGGGCCAGGAAAUUGACACCCAGAAUCGCCAGAUUGACAGGAUCAUGGAGAAGGCCGAUUCCAACAAGACCAGGAUCGAUGAAGCCAACCAGCGUGCUACAAAGAUGUUGGGCAGUGGCUAAACU